AAUCCUAAAUCGUAAUUAGCUUCCCUCGUACGCCUUUCCCGUUUCCUAACCUUGGCUGAUAAAGUCACCGCCUUUAUUAUUUUUUGAGCCCGCGAAGGGAAACACUUCUCUUUUCAGUUCUUCCCCAAAUCCUGCCACUCCUUCCAUUUCAUCCCUCUCUUUGAUCUCAAAACAAAUUCUCUAACUUUUAGGGUUUUUGAACUGCUCAAAAACCUAUCGAUAGUGUUUCUGCUCUAUUAGCAAUGGGGAAACGAAACAACAUCGUCAUAUCCUCGUCAGACGAUGAAGAUUACGAGCCUUCUUCAAGGUUGACACGGAGCUACCAGAAGCCCAAAUCCACGUCUUCUCUUACUCGUACGAAUCCUAGUAGAGCCAAAAAGCCUCGUCUCCCGGGCUUUCGCUUAACCAAACAAUCCAGCAAUGUAGAUGAGAUGAGACUUGCUUUUAGAGAUUUUGAUGAAGUUUUGAAUGGGUUCAAGGUUUCUGCCGGUUCUAGAAGGAGCAAUCCAAAGGAAUUGUGGGUUGAUAAACAUAAGCCUUCUUCUCUGGAAGAGCUUGCUGUUAACAAGAAAAAGGUUGAAGAAGUCAAGUCAUGGUUUGAGGAAAGAUUGAUGACUCCAAAGUAUUUACAGGAUGAGGUUGGCCGUAGUUCUGUUCUCAUCCUCUCUGGGCAAGCUGGGGUUGGAAAAUCUGCCACUGUCCAUUUGAUUGCAUCUAAGAUUGGGGCUCAAUUAUGUGAAUGGAACACACCUACUCCCACAAUUUGGCAAGAACAUGUUCAUAACUCAAGUGCAGGGAUGAAGUACACUUCUAAGUUGGAUGAGUUUGAGAAUUUUGUUGAAAGAGUGAGGAAGUAUGGAUUGAUCUCUUCAUCUUUGAAUGGGAACUCAAAGUCUUCAAUCAUAUUGGUGAUUGAUGAUCUUCCUGUAACUAAUGGAAGAUCAGCUUUUGAAAGACUUCAGAGGUGCUUGGUUCUGCUUGUGAGAUCGACAAGGGUACCAACAGCUAUAUUGGUCACUGACUAUGGUAAUGCAGAUUCAUCAGACCUCACUGCAAGAUGGUUGGAAGAACUACAGUUGACACUUGAGAGUGCUGGGGCUAGUAAGGUUAUGCUCACAAGAAAAUUGGUAUUAGGUUUAUUAUUUUUCCAGUGGUUGCUAAUUUCUAGCUGGAAAUUGCAGGUUGCUUUUAAUCCUAUAACAAAUAAUUCCAUAAAGAAAACACUCUCUAGAAUAUGCAGACAGGAGCUAUGUAAUGUGGCUGCUGAAGAGAUUGAUUUGAUUGCAAGAGCCAGUGGAGGUGACAUCAGACAUGCAAUUACUUCUUUACAGCUCUUCUGUCUGAAACCAAAUGUGGAACUUGAUUUAUCAUCAUCCAAUUCUACUCCCAGUUGCCCAAAAGAAAAUGCAAAUGUGCUCAAUGAGUUCAGCGGUGGAUUUUCUUCACAAUAUGGCAGAGAUGAAACCCUGACACUUUUUCAUGCAUUGGGGAAAUUCUUGCAUAACAAAAGAGACACAGAAAAUGUAGUUGCAUUAGACCAAAAUGCAUUUCGAGUAGGGGAGAAAUUCUCAAGACUUCCUUUUAAAAUGGAUUCUCCAGAAAAGAUACUCUGCCAAGCACAUGGUCAAUCAAGACCUAUUACAGAUUUUCUUCAUGAAAAUGUUCUAGAUUUUGUGAGCGAUGAGGCGAUGGAUGAUGCAUGGGCUGUGGCUUCAUAUCUUGGUGAUGCUGAUUUGCUUCUCGCUACCUCUCGAAGGACUUUAAAUAGACAUAGUGAGAUAGAGAAUGUUCUACAGUCUGCUGCUGCUUCAGUCGCAGUUCGUGGAGUUCUCUAUGGAAAUUUUCAUCCAUCACCUUCAAGAUGGCAUGCUAUUCGCAAACCAAAGCUUUGGCAGAUAGAGCAAUCAUCAUCUCACAAUCAGAAUGAGAUGCUAAGGCAGAGGUUUAUGGAAGAUGGUGGAUCGUCAAGCCUUUCCGAAGUAUCGGUUAUAGCUACAGAGUAUAGACCUGUGUUAAAAUGGGUUGGUUACAGAAAAGCCAGAGAUGUUGAAACUCAUGAGUCGGAAGAUGAGAGCGUAAAAAGAAUGAGUAUAGAUGAAGAAGAAAGUGAAAUUUCUGAUGAUGAUGAUAUUGAAGAUUGGUGAGAGAUAGAUACUUAAUAGCUGCUCUGCUCAAGGAUCAAGCCUUAUUCAAGCAGACAGCCAGUCGUUCAUUGUAAAAUAAUUAGUUCUGCAUUUUUUUUACUUAAAACAUAUGUGACACUUUCCCUCUGUAAAUAUCCUCUUCUGUUAAUUUCUUCUUAGUUGCAUACGUUACAAUUUUUAGUUUCCAACCUCAGGCUAAGCAUGGACCAAAAUUGACAGUGAUGGUGUUUAAUAUAAUCCCGUAUAGUAGAGUUGGCAUGCUUUUAGAGAGAUGCAA